AUGGUACAAACAGUCGUAUGCGAUAACGGUACUGGUUUCGUCAAGUGUGGUUUUGCCGGUGAUAACUUUCCAAAGGCUACAUUCCCAGCCAUGGUUGGACGUCCUCUCCUCCGUGCUGAAGAAUCUAUUGGAGAUGUUGAAUUGAAGGACAUUAUGGUUGGAGAUGAAUGUGCCAAAUUGAGAGCUGCUCUUGAAGUCUCCUAUCCUCUCACGAAUGGUAUCGUUACCAACUUUGAAGAUAUGAUUCACUUGUGGGAUUACACUUGGGAUCGUUUGAAGAUCAAUCCAAGAGAUUGCCAAAUUCUCUUGACUGAACCUCCAAUGAAUCCAAAGGAUAAGACCAAGAAGGUGGUAGAGACCAUGUUUGAACAUUAUGGCUUCCAAGGAUUAUACAUUUCUAUUCAAGCCGUAUUGACUUUGUAUGCUCAAGGUCUCGUUACAGGUGUUGUGGUAGAUUCUGGUGAUGGUGUUACUCACACUGUUCCUGUCUAUGAUGGUUUCAGCUUGGAACAUUUGGUGAAACGUUUGAAUUUGGCUGGACGUGAUAUCACUGAAUAUUUGAUCAAGUUAUUGUUGAUGCGUGGUUAUAGUUUCAAUCGUACAGCUGACUUUGAAACGGUUCGUCAAAUGAAGGAAAAGUAUUGUUAUGUGGGUUAUGACUUGGCUUUGGAAAAUAAGCUCGCCUUGGAGACCACUGUGCUCAUGAAGAAGUAUACUUUACCUGAUGGACGUGUCAUUAAGAUUGGUGCUGAAAGAUUCCAAGCUCCAGAAUGUCUGUUCAAUCCUGGUUUGUGUGAUAAGGAAGAGGGUGGUAUGCACAUGCAAGUGUUUGACACUAUUAACAAGGCUGAUAUUGACUUGCGUACUGAUUUCUACUCUCACAUUGUGCUUUCAGGUGGUACUACCAUGUAUCCUGGUCUUCCAUCUCGUUUGGAGAAGGAAAUUACUGACUUGUAUUUGAAGCAUGUUCUCAAAGGAAAUGAGGAAGGAUUAGGUAAAUUCAAGUUGAAGAUUGAAGAUCCACCUCGUCGUAAGCACAUGGUCUUCUUGGGAGGAGCUGUGCUUGCUGAUAUCAUGAAGGACAAUGGUGACAAGUUCUGGUUGACCAAGAAGGAAUAUGAUGAACUUGGUCCUCUAAGAGCAAUUCGUAAGAUAAGGCCAAACUUUUAA